CAUCCGUACCUGCACCGGCGCUGGUAAUGUGGCAGAGGGUCUAGCCUCUACCGCAUCGCUGCUAAACCAUCGUUCAUCCUGGAGGACCCAACUCGCCCCGUCAAUCUGUCCCCUGUCAGCCCCUCGUCAUCGCACAGCCUGUUCGAGCUCGAGCUCUUCAGCCCUCACAGCAUCAGCGGCCGAAGCAGAAGUAGCAGCGACACCAGCAGCAGCAGUAGCAGCAGCAGCAGCAUUGACGUUCCGCGCCUCUCGCGCUGGGACCAUCGACAGUCUCUGUGGCCCUCGGGCUUUGAAUCACUGCGACGGCUCGUCGUGGGCGCUGUCAACUGCCCUGCGCUCCCGCCCGCAAGCUUCACCAUGUCGCUGCGUCGCCAGUCGGCUCGCGUGCCGCAAACGCCUCGCAUCAUCUCGCCGAGCCCGACGCCCUCAGAACGAGACGUGCAGGAUUACGUGGGCCCCAUGACCCGGAGUCGAAGGAAGGCCCCGACGCAGCAGGCGGUGGAGGAGGAACAGAGCGAUGAUAACAGUUCCAGCUCCGGGCCCCGGAGAUCCCGGACAAGAAGCCGCUCCCCCCUCGAAUCGCGCGUGCCUCGCAUGACCAAGACGCCGACAGCAUCAUCCAAGACAGACCAGGACGGCAUCAUGGCCACGGCAACGGCAACGGCCACUCGGUUGGCCACGACAAACGGCCAUCUGGCUCCUCCCCAGCCCGCGAUCACGGGAUGGAGCUGGCGCGACUUCAGCCGCAGCCCCAGUCCUCUCGGGCUCAUCCCCAUCCACAGACACUGGCGGACGUUUGUGCACAAGCACGAGGUCCCGCGCAAGGCACUGCACGUCUCCAUCGGCUUCUUUGUCGUCUGGCUCUACAGCUCAGGAACCCAGACCAGCGCCGUGCCGCCGUAUCUGAUGGCCGCUCUCGUGCCCAUCACAACCGUCGACUGGCUGCGGCAUCGAUACGCCUCGUUUAACCGGCUCUACGUCAAAGUGCUCGGCGCCCUCAUGAGAGAGAGCGAGUACGCGGGCUGGAAUGGCGUCAUCUUCUAUCUCCUGGGCGCCUGGAUCACCCUCUACUUCUUCCCGAAGGACGUCGGUGUCAUUAGCGUCCUUCUUCUCAGCUGGUGCGAUACUGCUGCCAGCACCUUUGGCCGCCUCUGGGGACGAUAUACCCCGAGACUGCGCCGCGGCAAGUCUCUGGCCGGAUCUCUGGCCGCCUUUCUCGUCGGCGUGGCCACCUCCUACCUCUGGUACGGGUGGCUUGUCCCAACGAUUGGACCCAUGCCCGGCGACGAAAACUUCAUGUUCACGGGCACUCUGUCGCUGCCGCAAGCAUUGACCGAGGCCGUCGGCAUCCCGGACAACAUGGCAUCCGUCUCCGGCUCCGUAGCCCUCGGUAUCAUGAGUGUUUGGUCCGGUUUUGUCGCCUCCGCCAGCGAAGUGGCCGACCUCUUCGGAUGGGACGACAACCUGACGAUCCCGGUGCUUAGUGGAAUUGGCAUCUGGGGCUUUCUUAAGCUGUUUGGCUAGCCAUACACAGUCCGCAUAUGAGGCUGCGUUUGUUUUGAUAAUGGUACAUGUGUACUUUUUUACAUCUUCUUCACUCUGUAAUGCCAUUCUUUCUAUCUUCCUCCCCCUCUUCACUUGUACUUUCUAUAUCACGACAUUUGGGAUUUCUUGGUUCUUGAUUGUGUUAUCUGGCUCUUCUGGUCCACAUGGUAGAGGCUAUCGGCGAGCCGCCACUUAUACGAUGGAUCACCGGUUACAUACGUGCGAGGUAGUCACCCAGGAGGUGCUGGUAGAUAGCUCGUAGGUAGAUAAAGUACUAGGUAGAUAAGGUAGACAUGUAAUUUGAUAUACCUAUUCCAGAUG